UUGAAGUAUUAAAAAAGCGACUACUUCUGUCUUAAUAGGAUAUUUUCAUUUUUUUUAGCACAUACUCGUAUAUUGGAAAUUCCACCGCCAAACAAAUGGCGGAUGCUCAAGAAAGUAACGUACAGAGAUCGAGUGAACUAAAUGAUUUGUAUGAAAGUGAUCCAUGAUGAAACUGUGGCCAUUAUAUUACUCUUUAUCAGGAAUUCCUUCAAAUAAAUGAGUUAAUUAAAAAUCAAAUAGACGCCAUUACUUUUUGAGGCCAAACAUGACAGAUGUAUACCCCAAUCACUGGGAACUAUGUACACACGUGUUUCGGUGCAGUUGUACCUGGGAUUAGCCAUUCGAAGCGAUCCCAUCAUUGAUAACAAUUAGCCAAAUUGUUCGAAAUUAAAUCGAAGCUCUUUUCAACAUUUUGCUGUCCAGUCAUCGUGUGAAAGAGCUAUGAAGGGAUCCAAAGUUUAUUGCGAAAUGAAAUUCAGUCGAUUCGGUUGGGUUUCGGCUUUCGUUCUGAUUCGACUGGCCAUCGAAGUGGUGGUCGGGGAUCCGAGUUCUUUCUACAUGGAAUUCAGCUCCAGUCCAAAGAAAGCAGUGGCAGUUAUUAAGCAAACACAUGUUUUCGGGGAGUCGAACUACAUGAAGACCAAAAUAAUUAUCCACGAAGAUCGUUCCCACUUCGAUCUCUAUGUGCAGUUGAUCCAUGAGUUGGGCAGUAACCACCUCAUCAUGAACAUAAAGGUGCGCGUAAAACCGGAAGGAAGUAAGGUAUUUGUGCAACUUUUCGAAAUGCGGCGGGUGAACUUUUGCGAAUUUCUCAACGAAUACAACUCGAAUCCGAUGAUGCAAAUGAUGUUCAAAAAGAACCUCAACUGGCAGGACAUUAUUGUGUGUCCAGUUCGAGUCGGAAAUUACUCGCUCCUAAACUCCGGCAUAGCCGAAAAUAUCCAACCAGAUGGGGUGCAGAAUGGCACCUACAGGUUCUUCGCCGAAAUAGUCGAGGAGAUCGGAGAGAUUGCGAAGGUAUUUGCCCUUCAGGUCACUUCGGCGGUUUAUAUCGUAGACAAGGAACUGGACUGCAAGUUUCGAGGCAAAGCUUUAGAAUGUUUGAGCAAUGAUGCCUAA